AUUCCCGUCCCGCUGGAGAGGAAGAGGGCUGCCCAGGCUGGACCCUACGGCCGUGAUACACGGCGCAACGGGCACUGUGCGAAACCGACGGGGACGCCGCCCCUCCUGCGGCUGGAGCGCUUCCAGAGCAGAGGCGCAUCGCAGUGCCGCUCGCCCCGGCGUCCUCCCUUCAGCUCCGGCUCCUCCUCCCCCUUCCAGCCCCGGCUCCUGCAGCCGGCUCCAAGAGGCGGCGGGCGCGCCUCCCCCUCCUUGGUCUCCCCCUCGUCUCGCUCUCUCGCGGCUAACUUUCCGGAGCCCCGACCCGCGGCUCGGAGCUCCCCUGGCAGCUGCGGGGCCCACAGACGACCUCGGGUGGAGAGCCCGGCUGUCCCCACUAUUCCAUCCCAAGCCCCCGGAGCGCUCCAGAGAGAACAGGACCAUGUCCCGGGCUGGGAACCGAGGCAAUACUCAGGCGAGAUGGCUGGGCACUGGGCUUUUGGGUCUCUUCCUGCUUCCCAUGUACCUGUCGUUGGAGGUAUCUGUGGGAAAGGCCACCACCAUCUACGCUAUUAACGGCUCAUCGAUCCUGCUGCCCUGCACCUUCUCCAGCUGUUAUGGCUUUGAGAACCUCUACUUCAAGUGGUCCUACAAUAACAGCGAAACAUCCAGGAUUCUCAUCGACGGGAUCGUGAAGAACGAUAAGUCUGACCCUAAGGUGAGAGUGAAGGAUGAUGAUCGAAUCACCCUAGAGGGCUCCACCAAGGAGAAGACGAAUAACAUCUCCAUCCUCUUGAGUGACCUGGAGUUCAGUGACACGGGCAGAUACACCUGCUUCGUGAGGAACCCCAAGGAGAAGGACUUGAACAACUCUGCCACCAUCUUCCUCCAAGUGGUUGAUAAAUUGGAAAAAGUGGACAACACGGUGACUCUCAUCAUCCUGGCUGUGGUGGGCGGGGUCAUUGGACUUCUUGUUUGCAUCCUUCUGCUGAAGAAGCUCAUCACCUUCAUCCUGAAGAAGACCCGAGAGAAGAAGAAGGAGUGUCUCGUGAGUUCCUCUGGGAAUGACAACACAGAGAACGGGUUGCCUGGCUCCAAGGCAGAAGAGAAGCCACCCACAAAAGUGUGAGGCCCUGCUCGGGCCAAGCAGGGCAGGGAGCCUCGCUUUCUGAUGGUGAUCCUGAUGCCAAGUCCUAUCUGAGAUGUGUGCUGCUUGGCCCAAACUGUUCUUUCUGAGCAGGAAGGACCUGGCCCUGCCCAGCUGCCGUUCUCUCCCCAGCCAGGGCUUCCUAGGGACAAGGGUUGGUUGACUGGGGGAGGAAGCCUACAGGAGAUUGAAGACAGGGAAGGGAGGGGCUGGAGUGGUGUGGAAGGUUGGUUCCCGGAUCCUGGGCACGUGGGGUCUCCUUUAGAUUUUCCCCUCUGUGAAGCCUUGUUUUCUCCUCAGUUUUCCUUCUGAUCUUUCACCAGGAAAUCGGGGUGACCAGUGAGGGCUGCUUCCAAAGCUGGGGUCUGGAGAUGGGUAGAGGGUGACCGCUUCAGAAGCUGGGAAUGCACAAGAAGUCUAGAAUGGUGUCUUCUGGGGGGGGGGGGGGCAGUUGUGAGAGGCAAGCUGGGCUCUGAAGAAUAUCAGGCUUCUGGAAGUUCCUUUAGAGAGGACUUCUCUUUCCCUUACCCUAGAACACCUGCCCACACUGUCCUGGCUCCCCGACCAGCCUCCUCCUGCUGCCUGCCUAGUCUGUCUUUGCUCUCUGGGCUGCAGCUGCUGAGGAGGCUUGUGGGGAGGGGGCAGCCUCCACUCUCCUGGAGCACUGGGGUGCUAUUUGCAGCUAUACUGGCUUUGCUCUUUGGGUUUCAGAGGCAGGAGAACAGUGCCCCUGGUCUCCUAGCCUUUGGAAUGUCUACCCCAGCCCUACAAGACUGACAGCCCUUGUCCUUGGCAUGGCAGGACCAUGCCACCCUGGCACUUCCGGAGCUCAGUUUUUCACUCUUCUUCCCUUCCCUUGAAACAGCUGGCAUUGCCACCUUCCCUGAGGGAUGCUUUCCUAGGACUUGUCAUCCCAUACCUUUGCUCCUUCUGUGUCCAUCCAGCAUGCCUGGCCUUCCCCUGCUCCUGGCCCCCCAGCUCUGGGUCUGCCUUUGCCUCAGGGACCCUUGUUUCCAGAUGAGAAGGCCCUUGGCUUUUCCAGCUUCUUUUUUGCCCAGCUGGGCUGACUCCUCACCUAGCCUGAGGCUGAGGAGGAGCUGGGAGAAGGUACUCACACCUUCUCUUGACUUCUGGCAGAGCCGGCUUGCACACCCCCUGAGUGUGGGGCUAGAUUGUGCCUUAGUUCCUCGAGUCCUGGUUCUGAGCCCCUUUUCUUUCGGCUCACACUCCCUGAAUUAAUUGCACAGCUUGGUGUGACUUUGGCGGGGCUCCCCAGCUCCUUACCCCAAAGCCAUGGAAGAGACCAUGAAGCCGGGGUUGGUGGCAGCCUUGAUGACACCUGAGGGCACCCUUUCUUGUCCCUGACAUGGAGAUAGGAUGGCAUUUGAUGUGGGACCUUCAGAUGGGUUUGACCGUGUACAAACCGUAGUGCUAGCUAGGGUUUCUGUGAUGUAUGAAAUGGGAUACCCAAAGUCCCUCUUCCUCAUCAGAUUUCUGAUACCCUUAAUGUCAGAAGAUGGAGAUUAGUCCUCUUUUCAGGGGGGUGUAAGGACUGCUACAGGCUCUGCCCAGGAGUAGCUGAAGGUUCCCCCCCCCAAAUGGAAGUUGGGGGAGACUAAGGCACAGUAGGAUCUGUAGGUGACUGUGGCUUUGGCUAGUGUCUGUUGCCCAAGCCAAGGGGCUCUUGGGGUUGCCUCCACUCUUCCCAUUCUUCUUUACCCAGAACUCAUUGUGAGCUGGGUAAAAAUUGCCCGUCUCCUGCUUUUUAAAUAUUUAUUUGAGCAGAGUCUCAUGUGUGGCCCAGGCGGGCCUCCACCUCUCUAUGUAGCCAAGACUGGCCUUGAACUCCCAAUCUCCUGCCUCCAUUGCCACAGUGCUGGUAUGACAGGUGUGAGCCCACACCCUGCUUAGAGUAACCUGGCUCUGAGAACCAACAUGGCACCCGAGCCUCCAGCCAUUCAGGAAACUUCCAGCUGCCUUCAUGUAAAACUGCUUUCUCCCCCAACACUGGAAGAGGCCAAGUGUUGGGGGUUCUUCUUGCUUUCCUGAGAGGAAGCCAAGGCAUAGAGCAGAAGAGAGGGAGGGACUCUCCCUUCCCAGCUUCCUGCUCACUGUCAGCUUAUAGGCAGCCCUUGCAGCUUCUCCCAUCUACCCAAAGGGUGAAAUAAUACCUACCUCACAGGACUGCAGUGAGGCUUGGUGAGAUUUUUGUGUUUUUUGUUUUUUUGGCCUGGCUUGGAAAGGCACUGGGAAACAAGGCUAAUAACCAGCGAGAAUGUUCCACAUCUAUCCUGUCCUCAUCUCUGGUUUGCAUCCCAAUAAUAUGCAUAUGCCUCAUUCUUCUUCCUUUAGCAACCUUAGGCAUCAUGACUCAGAUGCUUAAAGCAUCUUUGUCCCCAGUUCUUUUUUUUUUUUGAUGGAGGUACCUGGGACUAUGGGAGUACUUUUUUAUAUUGUUGUUGCCCCAAUGCCUGUGAUAAAUACUAGCGUUUAAUGGAUAGGGAUUAAGAGCACAAAUCUCAGUCCUCUUAACAAAGAAUGUCUGGCCUAGUGCUAGCGGCAUGCCUGUGCAGGCAUUACCACGGAUUGUGUUAGAAUGUAUAUUUGCAAAGCCAUUUUCUCUAGCCAGACCCUCUGACAGGCAAGUCUUCAAAUAGCGAUCUCAGGGUUGCUGAGGUUGGUCCCGGUGCCAGUGGGCUACAGCACCUCUCAUACGGUUGACUUUGGGGAAACCUGGACCCAUGCAGUUGUGUUGACCUUGAUGUCAGUGAGACCAAAGACAAAGCACAAGUACCUUACUCUUGACUUCCAAAUAAACUUCUGCCCUUGAGGGCUCAGAUCCCUUGGUGUAGAAACUAAGCAGAGGGCAACUGGAAUCAACCUGCAGUGUGGAAGGCCCAGGAGAAUGACAGACAGGAGGGCAGCAGAAUGUCACGUAUCUGACUGACUCGCUUCUGUGGAGCCAGGGAGGCAAGAGCAUCCUGCUGGUGGGAGGUGAGGGUGCACUUGUGUGGAGUGCUUGUGGUGUGUGGGAGGUGGAAAGGCGUGCCUAGUCAGUCUGCGGGUGCAGAGGCAUGACAGAAGAGGGUGGGCUGUGCACGCGAGGGGUGAUGUGGGAUGAAGGGGUUGGGGGUGGGGCUCUGCAUCUUCAGUAGCCUGAACUGGAGACUGAAGAAGGGUUAAGAGACAUAAAUGAACGGCUAUGCUCCUGGAUUCUACUGGGUGACUCCAUGUCAGGGUGACAGACGACUGCCACCGGAGGGCUGGGGCAAGGAUGCCCAAAUGAGGGAUUUGUGGGGAAGUCCUCUAGCUUGCUACAUUUUAUUUUGUCCCAGGUUGGAGUCCCUGCUCUCCCAUCUCCCACUGGAUGUGCAGUGCUUUUGACUAUCUUAUGCAUGGUUUAGUCCUCUGGCUUGGAUAACAGUACCCAUAGUCAAUUUUCCUAUCUAACUUUAUAGGCAAUACAGUGGUGGGCCGUGGGAGCCUCCAGGAGGCACCGACCUGCACAUGCCCAGCGCUUGCGUCUAAGCACAGAUCGAAUGCCAUUAGGUUGUCUUGCCUCUACAAUACAUUUUGCAUUGCAGACUUGGAUUUAGCUUCGCUUUGGAUGAAAUAAAAAUUAUUUUUUAAUAA